AUGCCUCCUCUCAACAUAUCUCGACCCUCUCCUGUCACCUUCUCGCUGUUGGGCAUCCCAGGGCUAGAGCACCUGCACGUCUGGAUCGGGAUUCCCUUCUGCUCCAUAUACCUGGUGGCUGUGGUGGGGAACGUGACCAUCCUGGUGGUGGUGAGGACAGAACGCAGCCUCCAUGAGCCUAUGUUCCUCUUCCUGUGCAUGCUCUCAGUCACAGACCUGGUCCUCUCCACAUCUACACUGCCCCGCAUGCUCUGUCUCUUCUGGCUUGGAAACCGUGACAUCGCUUUUGAUGCCUGCUUGACCCAGAUGUUCUUCAUCCAUAGCUUUACUGCUAUGGAAUCAGGCUUCUUUUUGGCCAUGGCCAUUGACCGUUAUGUGGCCAUUUGUCAUCCACUGCGCCAUACCACCAUUCUCACCCAUGUUCGCAUCACUAUAAUAAGCAUUAUUGUGGUGAUUCGAGGAGUAGCCUUCUUUUCUCCACACCCCAUCCUUCUCAAACAGCUGCCCUACUGCAGGACUGGAAUUAUUGCCCACACCUACUGUGAAUUCAUGGCUGUGGUGAAGCUAGCGUGUGUGGACAUAGAAGCCACUAAGAGUUACAGCCUCAUUAUGGCUUCUGUCAUUGGCUCAGGUGAUGCCAUUCUCAUUGCAGUGUCCUAUGCCUUCAUCCUCCGCUCUGUAUUCCAGCUGCCAUCCCGAGAAGCUAGCUUUAAGGCUCUGGGCACCUGUGGAUCCCAUGUCUGUGUUAUUCUUGUCUUUUACUCUACAGCUGGCUUUUCCAUUUUCACUCACCGUUUUGGGAAAAGUGUGCCUUCACAUAUCCAUAUUUUUAUUGCAAAUAUGUACCUUUUGUUGCCCCCUUUUCUCAACCCCAUUGUGUAUGGGGUGAGGACCAAGAAAAUACGGGAUCAUGUUCUUAGAACAUUAAUGGUCAAGGUUGCUUGA